CCAAAUCCACCGCAACAAGUAUCGAAGAAGACUGUUCUUUGCAUUUCUCCAUCCUCUCAGUUCACGAAGGGCUUGCUAGGGCCUGCAGCGUGACAGAGCUGAAUGGGCCGCCUAUCGCAGCCAUACAGCCUGGAACAAGUGGAGCAGGCUUUGAGGAGCUUGGGUGAAACCCCGAUUUGGAGCAGCUUGCCUCGGGCAUUGCGCCAACACAAGUGUGUGAAUUUCAAAGCCUUUGUCAACGUUUGGCCGGGGGGUACUGUCUUGGUGCAGGGAGGCGAGGCUCCAAAAUUGGAACAGGCGCUGAAGGAGCGUUUGGGAGAAGCCAUUGAAGAUCGGGAACCACAAGCCGAAGGUGGCCCUGCUUGGCACCUUUUUGUGGAUGGCUCUUGUCCGGUCAACAAACUUGCGGGCAAGGUGCCAACAGCUGCAGGCUGGGGCAUCGCAGUGUAUCGUUUUGAUCAGAGGCCAGCUGAAAUCUUUGUGGAGCUGUUUGGGCCAGUUGUAACUGAAGCAGUCUCUCCGUUAAGUUUGGGUGCCAUGUGCGGCUCCAACAACACGGGCGAGUUGUCUGCUAUGGCCGAGGCUUUGCUAUGGCUGCGGGAUGAAUGCCCCGAAGAAAGGACGCCAGCCGUGCUGCACUACGACUCAGAGUAUGUGGCCAACAUCGUGCUGGGCCGCAACCGUGCUCACAAGAAUGUGGAGCUCGCCCAGAAGUUGCAAGGACUCUAUGCUGAAGUGCAGGCCUCGCGGCCCGUACGACUCUCCCACGUCAAGGGCCAUUCGGGCUGCGCAGGGAACGAGCGUGCUGAUCAGCUGGCCGCGCAAGGUACGGAGGGGAGAUUCAGCUUGCAAUCCAAGCGCUGGGCCAAACACGCUGAAGCCGCAGAGGCUGCUGGCCUGGCGAACAAGGCUUGCGUCAUCACUGUGAAAGUGGAGAAAGGACGCCGACCACCAACACCGGCAACUGGUAGAGCCAAGAAAGCGCGGCGGCUUGCGUUGGCAGAUCCGGGUGAUGCCGAGUCAUCGCCCGGCGUGGCGCCAGUGCUCUGAGCAGCUGAAGAGCUUUGCCGGUGAGGCAUUUUCCAUGAUUUGGUAUGAAGAGACUUGAAGAGUCAUACCAAAUAUUGAUAGUUUUUUGUUAGUGUGCCUUUGAGAAUGGGUGCACGUU